AUGCCUGGUUUUGAUGAUAACUUUGCUGUGAUGGGAGAAUGCUUAGACCCUAGUUCUAACCACAAGAAGAGAUCCAAAGCAGAACUUGAUAGAGAAGUCUCUUUAGAAGACAUUAAAAAUAAAGCUUUUCUGCAAACAAGCUUAGAAGAGAAACCGUGCUAUACACGCAAUAGUCUUAGUGAAAGGAUUGCUGCAAGAACCGGGUUUAAAGUUCCCAAGUUAAAGACUGAGAGUCUCUUCCCAUCUCCAAGUUUAACCAUCUCUUCAGAAACUCUACUAGAGUCUCCUGUUUUCCUCUCAAACCCUUUGACAUCUCCGACCACCGGAAAGCUCUCAUUAGCCAAAGAUGAGUUCAUUGACGACAUAGCCACAUCUUUAACCUUACAGUCCAUUUCAACAAGGAGCCACGAUCCUACAAACAUCGGUUCAGAACCGUAUGAUUCCCAAGGACAUCAUAACGGUUUAGGAGACUUGAUGCCUAGUGUUGCACCUGAAGAUGAUGGAUACAACUGGAGGAAAUACGGACAGAAGCUGGUUAAAGGAAGCGAGAAUCCACGUAGCUAUUACAAGUGCACACACCCGAACUGUGAGGUUAAGAAGAAGGUUGAACGGUCCCAGGAAGGUCAUAUUACAGAGAUCAUAUACGUGAAAGCUCAUAAACACCCUAAACCUCAAACUAACCGCCGUUUAGGCUCUGGACCAUCCGGUGCGAGUAAUGACAUGCAUAUAGAUGGAACCGAACGUGAAGGUUUUGCUGGAACCAAUGAGAACUUACAAUGCACAUCACCUGUUUCUGAAGAGGUUGGAUAUGGGGAUGCAAGAAGUGAUGUCUUCUUUAAAGAUGAAGAAGAUAGACAAGUAGAUGAAUCUGAGCCGAAGAGGAGGAAACUGGAAACAAGUGGAUCAACACGAGGCCCCCGUGUGCCAAAAGUCGUGGUGAAGACCACAAGUGACAUUGACAUCCUAGACGAUGGCUACCGCUGGCGCAAGUAUGGUCAAAAAGUCGUCAAAGGAAACCCUAAUCCAAGGAGUUACUAUAAAUGCACAGCUAAUGGAUGUACCGUAACUAAGCAUGUGGAGAGAGCUUCUAAUGACUUUACGUCCGUACUAACCACUUACAUAGGCAAGCACAAUCAUGAAGUACCAGCAGCACGCAACAGCAGCCACGUCAGCUCAGGGACCUUCCAAGGCGGAUUAGCUACUCAGACACACAACCACCAUGAGCACUAUCCAGUUCCACACAGUGGUUCUGAGGGACAGGUCACAGCCGACUCAUCACUGUUUGAGUUCAAGCCAUACCUGAGGCCUCCUUCAGGCUUCUCGGUUUACUACACGGGCGAGCUUUCGGAUGUUUCAAUGUCUGGUUUAGAUAUCGGACAAGAGAGGUUUCCCGGUCUGGCAGCCCCUGCCAUUGGCGAUCCAGCUGGUGCGAUGUUGCAGUUAGCAGCAGAGCCGAAGGUGGAACCAGUGUCACAACCUGAACUAGGAUUUUCUAGGAGCUCAUUGAUAGAUGUAAUGAGUAGAGUACCACAAAUAUGA